AAAGAUUGAACAACUUUUGUUUUGCAACCAUGACAUUGUUCACCAAUAACCAUUCCUUUCACCACCUCUUCCUCUUCCUCCUCCUAAUCACCUUCCUCCACCUCUUCUCCUCAACCGCCGCCCUCGGCGUCAACUAUGGCAUGAUUGCUGAUAAUCUCCCUUCACCAACUGAAGUUGCCAACUUUAUCAAAACCCAAACAAUUUUUGAUAGUGUUAAAAUCUUUGAUUCCAACCCUGAUGUCCUUAGAGCUUUUGCUAACACAAAUAUUUCGGUCUCAGUCACGGUUGCCAAUGGAGAAAUCCCUUCUUUAACGACCGUUCGAGCAGCUAGGCGAUGGGUGAAUGCUCAUAUUCGCCCUUUUCAUCCACAGACAAAGAUCAAGUAUAUUAUUGUUGGCAAUGAAGUUUUGCUUUUAAACAACCUUGCUGAAAUUAACAAUCUUUUGCCUGCUAUGAAAUGUCUUAACCGUGCCUUGCAUAAUUCCCAAAUUCAAGAUAUUAAGGUUACAUCGGCUCAUGCCCUUAAUAUAUUCAAUGGUCUCACAGUACCAAGUUUGGCUCGGUUCAGGAUCGAUUAUGCAAAGAGCUUUUUUGCACCUUUACUACUAUUCCAUCGUAGAACCAAAUCACCAUUCAUGAUCAAUCCUUACCCUUACUUUGAAUUGAAUGCAAUAGGAAACAAAUUGGACUUUGCCCUUUUCAAAAGAAACCCUGGUUUGUUUGAUGGACAUAGUGGCAAAACAUACACCAAUGCCUUUGAUGCUCUUUUGGACAAGACAUUUUCGGCCAUGAGUGCCAUUGGUUGUGGAGAUGUUGAGAUUGUCAUUGGUGAAACCGGUUGGCCUUCUCAGGGUGAUGGGGGAAACCUAGUUGCUACUAUUGAUAAUGCACUUUCUUACAAUGGGAAUUUGGUUAGGGAAAUCCUUUCAGGCAAUGGGACACCUUUGAUGCCAAAUAGGACGUUUGAGACUUAUAUUUUUGGCUUGUUUAAUGAGAAUCAAAAACCAGGUCCUCUUGCUGAGAAGAACUGGGGAUUGUUUAGACCAGAUUUCACCCCUGUUUAUAAUGCUGGAGUUUUGCGCAAUGGCCGACCGGUACCAACACCUACGCAACCACAACCAACUCCAUCUCCGGCAACACCAGUACCAUCAGGCAAGAGAUUUUGUGUUCCGAAACCUGGAGUUACAGAUGCACAAUUGCAAUCAAACCUGGAUUAUGCAUGUAGCCAAGGUACUAAUUGCAGUCCAAUUCAACCUGGUGGACCUUGUGCUGAACCUCCCACCACGAGGUCUCGUGCAACAUUUGCCAUGAAUUCUUUCUAUCGAAGCAAAGGUGAAGUUGAUAGCGCCUGUGAUUUUUCUGGCACUGCUCAAAUCACCACUGUCAAUCCAAGUUAUGGCAACUGCCACUAUGUCUGAAGAAUUGGAUGGGAAAGAUUAGUUAUUGAGAGAAAUUUUUGGUUUGGUGGAAAAGCUUGAGAAAUUCCCUCACAUAUACAAUUCAUGUGCAGUGUAAUUCUUUAUAUUCUUUGAUGAAAUGUAGAAGUCAUAAUUUCCAAUAAUGGUUAUUUGUUUAAAGGCAAAGCUUCAUUGCCAACAAUGAUAAAACCAUUCGAGUUCCUAAAAAUUAUGACAAAAUGUUAA